UCUGUAGAUAUGGACCUCUGCUCACUAGGAAUAUGCCAAGAACGCACGGUGAACUGCACUGAGACUGGGAAUGGACAGAACCUCACAUGUAUUUGUGAAAAAGGCUUUGGUGGGCCGUUCUGUGAGGUGAAUCUGAACGACUGCAAGUCGAUGCCGUGCCAGAACGGAGCUGUGUGUGUGGACGGUGUUGACCUGUAUCACUGCUUUUGUCCAGCUGGGUUUGAGGGGCUGAACUGUGAAAUCAACUAUGAUGAAUGUGUCUAUGGAUUCUGCGCCAACAAUUCCACAUGUGUUGACCUGGUUGCCGACUAUGGAUGCAUCUGCCCAGUGGGGUUUGUUGGUAAAAACUGCUCUACACCUGUUAUUGAAUGUGCGUCAGGGGAUAGAACAAAAUGCAAAAAUGGUGGCACCUGUUAUAUCUUUGCCGGAGUGGUUCACUGCACUUGUCCACCAGGAUGGGGAGCCGAUGACUGCUCUGCACCCGUGAACCAGUGUGUGUUGAAUCCCUGUGACCCGGAGGGGACCCUGUUCUGUGAAGAGCUGCCGAACGGCUUCAAAUGCGUCUGCCAACACGGGUACAUGGGGCGGCUGUGCAAAAUCCCCAUAGGUCACUGCGUCGAUGGGCUGUGUCAUCACGGAUCAAAGUGUGUGGAUCUACCGAGAGGAUUCAAGUGCCAUUGUUUACCCGGUUUAACGGGACAAUUCUGCGAGGUGAACAUAGAUGACUGUGACGAGAAGCCGUGCGGUGUUCUAAGUAUUUGCAAAGACACCGUCAACGGCUACAAUUGUUUCUGUGCACCUGGAUUCAUUGGUUAUAACUGUGAGGUGGAGGUAAACGAGUGUCUGAGCCAGCCCUGCCACAACGGAGCUUCCUGCUCUGAUGAGCUCAACGCAUUCAGCUGCUUAUGCCCAAUCGGAGUCACAGGUGACUACUGUGAAAUCAACAUUGAUGAGUGUCUGUCAGGGCCAUGCCGACACAAUAGCACGUGUUUGGACCUGGCCAAUGGCUAUGAAUGUGUCUGUCAACCCGGCUUUACUGGCGCUGGGUGUGAGUUCGACAUUGACGAGUGUGCCUCUUCUCCCUGCAAGAACGGAGCCACUUGCAUUGACCAGCCUGGCAAUUACCACUGUCAGUGUGUGGCUCCAUUCAAAG